AUGGCCACGGUGGCGAUUGGCAGCAUGAUGCCAUUGGCAUGUCUACUAAAAUUAGUAAUCCCUAUCCCUUCAAGAUCGAAGCUCGCUAAGAAGGGUCACGAAGCCGAAACGACCACAGCUGCACCUCAAUGUAUCCCUCUUAACCUCCGUCUGCAACAGGCUGUGUCUGCCUCAUGGAGGUGUGGGCACUCAGGGCAUCGACAGCCAACGGUCACCUACACAAACCGCACACAAGAGGCGCACAGGAAAGCUGGACAUGCAACACAAGGUGUAACAACUGAUACAAGGAUACACAACACUAUCACAGAGGUGAAGGAGGCAAGAACGUGA